CACAAACUUCGACAUCGGGUCACUGGGCGACUGCAGUUGAUUACGGCCAAUUGCGCUGAAUCGCAAUGAGUAUUCUCAUGGCCAGAGAUCAUGUUACGCCAGGCCAUUCCCUGAUACCGUUUACUACUGCUAACCAAAGUGUUAUUGAUCAAAUCGAAACAAUCCUUAGCGAUAUUGUCCGUGACAUCGACGUGACUUCCGGCGGCAGACCUGUCAUUACCCUGAGACGAGUUUCCGCCAUCGUGCCAUACUAUGACGAAGCUGAUGAGGGUCGCUUGAGGUGGCAUGUUGAAGACCGCGAAGUACGAUAUCACUUCCCCGGAAAAACCAAGGAGGAAGCAUGGAGAUUCGGUGAGUGGCAAUAGAAUGGCAGCAGGGUCAACUGAUUCCACCAGCCUGCGUUGGACGUAUCUUGACCGAGAUACACGGAGCAAUCAAGAACGGGAUCAGAGUAACCAAGAGGAGCGUAUUUCUUUGAACGCUGAGGGGACUAUUACCAAUGUGAGCAGGGAUAUCUACUACCACGAUCCAGAUCUCUUCAAGCAACAAGAAACCGUGGAUCGGUACAUUGACGACAUUGCCCACACAUUCCAGGUGACAAGGAAUGACUUGAAUGUGGCGAGCAGUCCGAAAGGCCUCAUGGUCGGUCUCGUCACUACUAACGGGAAGAGUCACCACGAGAAGAGUCACACGGCCCUGGUUCCAGAAGAUCUCUCCACUGAGCACGGAUUUGCAGAUAUCACAUAUCUGAAGUGGAUUUUGGUCUUUGAGAAAGAAGCUACGUUCAAAAGCCUGGCUGAAAGAGGAUACCAUCGAAACCCCACCGUCGGUCCUGGAUUACUUGUCACGGCCAAGGGCUAUCCCGACCUUUCUACUCGACGGUUCCUACGCCUUAUUGUUGACCGUGCACAAAGCGCUGUUCCGAUAUUUGGCCUUUUCGACUGGGAUCCAGAUGGCGUACAGAUUAUGAAAUGCUAUCGCUAUGGAUCAAAGGCGAUGGCUCGGGAACAGCACUGCAAUCUUCCCGAGAUGGCGUGGAUUGGGUUGAAGGCAAAGGAUGUGGUCAAUCUCGGCGACUUUGAUGAUACGUCAAUGGUCUUGUCAAUACGAGACCGGACCCUGGCGGUUUCGAUGCUGUUGAACCGGGAAUUGAGAGACGAGUCUGGAUCUGUGUUGCCAGGUUUGGCCAAGGGUUUGAUUGAGCUUCGUCGCAUGCUCAUGCUCAAUCGAAAGGCAGAAAUUCAAAUUCUUGACGAGAGGAGUGGUGGACUGGAACACUGGCUGACAGCGCGUCUCAGUGUCAAGCUGCAAGCUCAUAAUCAUGCUGAAGAUGAUGAUAUGUUGUUGGACUGA